GAGUAAAUGUUUUAUUGCAGUUAGUCACAGAUUGAAUGUUAAGAAUGCGAAACAAGUAAAAAAUUUUGAGAUCAUUAUUCGAGCGACAACAAUAGAUACCUUUCACGAAAUUUGUUGUUUUAAUGGAAACUUCUCACACAGUUAACGAACCGCUAGAUCUGAUUCGAUUGAAUUUGGGUGAUUCCAUUUUUGUAAAAUGUCGAGGAGAUCGAACAUUGACGGGAAAACUUCAUGCAUAUGAUCCUCAUUUAAAUAUGAUUCUGGGGGACGCCGAGGAAGUUUUAACAUGUACUGUUGCCAAUUCAGAGACAGGAGAAAAUCAAUUAUUUAAAUCGAUAAGACAGCUUCCUAUGGUCUUUGUAAGAGGAGAUGCUGUAACAGUUGUUUCUUCACAAUUACAGAACACCUAUUAAUUUUUAAUGAUUAAUUGGCAAUGCUUAUUUUGUUUUCAUCAAAAAUGUGCUAGUAUUUGUUUAUCUCCUGGUUUAUUAUAGAGUCUUAAAAAUAUUUAGAAUGUUUCGAUUUUGCAAAGUUUAAAAAAAAUUCAAUGCGCCGUUUUUUUUUUGGACUUAAGAAAAAAAAAAAAGCAAUGAAUUGCUAAACAAAAAAAACCGUUAUAAAAAUGCAAGUUCAUUCGUUUCAAUAUUGAUAAUAUAGAGAAUUUUCAU